CUCGACAUGCUGGGCACUCUCCCCCAGUUCAACGGCCGGGGCAUCGGAUCGAGGUUACUGCGUUGGGGACUGGACCGGGCAGACGAGAAAGGCGUGCCGACUUUCUUGGCUUCCACGCCUGCGGGACGGCCCCUGUAUGAGAAGUAUGGGUUCGAGGCGGUGGAAGAAUACGAAGUGAUUCCGGGAUAUUUCCAGGCGUCGAUGGUGCGGGAAGCAAAGUUUUUAUAAUUAUGAUGUGUA